AUGUCUCUUAUUUUGAUUAAUAAAAAUUCUUCUGAAUGUGGCCAUAACCAAUUGAUUGAUUUGUACGUUCCUGGCGACAGGUUGAGAUCAAGGAUGAUCUCUGUAACCAGGAGUUGGAAACGUGAUGUGGAGUUCUGGAAGGUCACCUGUGUCAUUGUCCUCUACUGGAUAGUGUCAUUGUCUCUCAUCUUUGUCAACAAACACAUUCUCAGUGGCAGCUUUGGCAACUAUGACUUGUCAAUAUUUGUCGCUUGGUACCAAUGCUGUACAGGUUCCAUUGUCAUCUUUGUAUCCGGCCUCCUCUUCAACUCCAUGAAAUGGUCGUUCCAGAUCCCUUCCGUGAGUGCCCGGACACUUCUUGAACAGGACAUCCUUAUCCUCUCCUACACGUUUGUCGGCGGAUUGACAUUGAAUAAUUUAAUGUUGAAGCAUAUCAGUGUUGCCUUCUAUCAAGUAGCACGUUCUUUCACGCUCGUCUUUACUGUGAUGCUUUCGGUUUACAUUCUCAGCAAGCCAUUCACAAAGAAGGUUCUUGUCUGUUGUUGCUUAGUCAUUGGGGGAUUUUCCCUCAGUGUCAAAGAGGAGGAUGUGUCUGGAACUUUGUCUCUAUGGGGCAUCCUUUAUGGAAUAGUAGCAAGUUUUUUUAUUGCCCUCUGUGGAAUCUAUCUAAAAAAAGUCGGGAAGGAUAAAAGAAAAUAUACCAUAUGUGAGGCAGUAAUUGGCUCGGAUUUCUUUCUCUUGUUUUCUUUUUUUUUUCCUCUUGUUUUCUUCUUUUCUUUUUUUUUUCCUCUUGUUUUUUCUUUUCUUUUUUUUUUUCCUCUUGUUUUCUUCUUUUCUUUUUUUUUUUUUCCUCUUGUUUUCUUCUUUUCUUUUUUUUUUUUUUCUCUCUGCAAACAGUGCAUAGGUCACACUCUUUUUGGGGAUAUGUGA